AUGCAUAAAUCUGAAACAUCUCCUCCAAUUUUCAAUCCUUUCGUUGGACUCGAUUUUCAAAAUGUACAAAGUGGGUCCCAAGAUACCUUUUCAACAAAUACAUUUUCCAAUUCUCAGAUGAAUUCAACCUUCCCUGUUUGGAAAGAUGAUGCACAAGAAUUGGCACAGGACCAACUGUCCACAAUCAGCAGUAUCACUAGAGCAUCAAGUGUAGCCUCAAGUGCAACAUCAAGUUUUAAAGUCUCAAGUCAACUGUGUAGUAAGUGUCAUGGUCGUGGUCACAGAAGAGGGACUUGUACAGAAAAGAGCUGCACAGGUGAUGGCGACUGCCCAGAAGGAGAAGAAUGUCCCUUUUGGCAAAAAAAGAAGAAAAAGGAAGAGAAGGAGCAAGAAAGGGAAAAGAAGAAACAGGAAAAGCAAGCCGAGGAGUUGGAGAAGGAAAAGAAACGCGAAGAAAAGAAAAGAACAAGAGAAGCUGAACAAGAAAAGAAAGCAUUAGAAAAACAAGCCAAACAAGAAGAAAGAGAGGCAAAAAAGAAGAAAAUUGCAGAUGAAAGGAACGAAAGAGAACGUGUCAAACAACUCCAAUCCGAGCAAAAGUUUCCUGGACCUGAUGAUUUCCAUGUUGGUAAUCCAAUUAACAAUUUCCGUAAGCUGAUGAAUACUGCAAGAGCGGCUGUUGAAGAGCACUUGAAGUAA